AUGCAAACCCCAGAAACUUUCGAAUAUGGAUUCAACAGUUUUGUUUACAGAAGACGAAAGCCUUUCCAUACUGAAAAAUUGUUCAAUUUUCUUUUCACUGAACGAUAUCUGAAAUUCUUUGAUACUUUAGGUGAAGAAGAAUCCAUCCAGUUAUAUGGAAAGACAGUUUUUGAGAAUGUUAAACAACAUUUUGUUGAAAGAGUUGGCGACCGACGACAGGAAAUUGUGUUCAUUGGACUGAGACAUAAUUUCACAGGGUUGGAACAAGUGUUGGAUGAAUUGUUAAUUAGUGAUGAGGAUUUUGAGAAGGGUGUUGAACAUUAUUCGAAAUUAUGUCCAGAUAAUUUUGAUUCUUUUGGUAUUACUCAAUCAGUUUAA